CAUGUUUCAUUAGCAUUGAGCUGAAUACGGAGGUACGCUGGGGACUUGGCGCAACAAAACUGAACCAAAACGGAGCUAACGCGAUUUUCCUGGGCGUAGGAACAGACUUAAUGAAUGGACUCUUCCUGUUUUACCACAGCGCAGCGACGUUCGUGUCGAAUAAUGAAUCCGGAGUUGUUCAAGCCGUCUCCGGACCGCUCCCAGGCAUCCCAGCCUCCCAAACCAAGCCGAAACGCCGCGAAGUGUGAGCAAACGAAAACGGAGCUGGCGCAGGUGGUGGUCGACCCGAAAACUGGAAAGUCAUACUCCAAAGGAAAGCUUUUAGGAAAGGGGGGGUUUGCACGUUGCUAUGAAAUGACAGACCUUGCUAACAACAAGAUGUAUGCUGUGAAAGUUAUACCACAAAGCAGAGUUUCCAAGCCACAUCAGAGAGACAAGAUAACAAAUGAAAUUGAACUUCACAAGACCCUUCAACACAAGCAUGUAGUGAAGUUUUCCCAUCAUUUUGAAGACCAGGACAACAUCUAUAUCUUCCUAGAGCUCUGCAGCAGGAAGUCCUUGGCACACAUUUGGAAAGCACGGCACACCCUCAUGGAUCCCGAAGUGCGUUACUACCUCAGGCAAAUCAUAUCUGGCCUCAAAUACCUCCACAACAAAGGCAUCCUCCACAGAGACCUCAAACUAGGUAAUUUCUUUGUAAAUGAGAAUAUGGAAUUGAGAUUAGGAGACUUUGGUCUAGCAGCAAAACUGGAGACUGUUGAGCAGAGAAAAAAAACCAUCUGUGGAACACCAAACUACCUGGCACCAGAAGUUUUGAACCGGCAAGGUCAUGGGACUGAGUCAGAUGUUUGGUCAUUGGGUUGUGUAAUGUACACGCUCCUGUGUGGCAACCCGCCAUUUGAAACCUUAGACUUGAAAGAGACGUACAAGUGUAUCAAGGAAGUGAGAUACAGUCUGCCGCCUUCACUUUCACCAGCAGCACAGAAGCUAAUUGCUGCAAUCCUGCAGAAAAACCCCAGUGACCGCCUCACUCUAGACCAGAUUCUGGCCCAUGAGUACUUCAGUAAGGGCUUCACCCCAGACAAACUUCCGCCCAGCGCCUGUGUGAUGGUGCCUGAACUCAACCCGCCCAGCCCUGCCAAGAAGUUCUUCACUAAAAUGGCCAAGAGCCUCUUUGGAAAAAAGAAAUCUAAAGUAGAGAAGAACCCUAGUGAAGAGAAGGAGGACAUCUCCAAGCUUGUAUCAGGCAUGGUGAAGCAUUCCAUCAGCCGGCAGAUCAGCUACAAGACAGUGGGUGUGAAUGAGGCUACCUCUCCUGUGGGUCAGCUGGCCGGCUCAGGGCGUCUGGACACGCCAGCUGAGGAAGAGUCCAGGAAAUCAGCAUCUCACUCUUUCAAAGGCACAGUGGCCAGCAGCACUGAUGCGUGUGAAGACAUCCUGACCCCAGCAGCUGUGGCUGAGGCCGCUAUGAAGGUUCUGAAUAGUUGCUUAUCAACCAUGCCAACAGCAUCGAGAAACCCUCCAUGUCUCACAAAACCCAAACCUUUUAUCUGGGUGACCAAGUGGGUGGACUACUCCAAUAAAUAUGGGUUCGGCUAUCAACUCUCCAAUCAGAAUGUCGGUGUCCUCUUCAAUGAAGGCACUCAUCUAAGUCUGUGUGACCAGCGCAGGACAGUUCAUUACUGUUUGACCAACAAUAAACACUUUACUUUCCAAGUUGACUCACUACCAGAACAGCUCCAGAGCCAAAAACACAUAGUGGAGCUCAUGGCUAACUACAUGGAGCAGAAUCUCAUGGAGGGUGGAGAUCUGAGCUGUGUUGAGCAGCCUCCUACUGCUUGCCCUCUUUUGCUGCAGUGGAUGAAAACCGAACAUGCUUUAGUCAUGCUUUUCAACAAUGGUUCUCUACAGGUAAACUUCUACACCGACCACACAAAGGUCAUUUUGUGCAAGUCGUCAGACUCCUACCUGCUGACGUACAUCAGUCGGGAGCGGGUGUCUUACUCAUAUCCUCUGAGCAUACUCAGUGAAUGUGGCUGCUCCUCAGAGCUGCGACACCGGCUUUGUUACGUGGUGCAGCUCCUGCAGCACUAUGUCAGCGCGUGACCAAACCACCUUAGCUUGGGCUUCACAUGGUCAUCAGUUGCUGCUUAACAA